ACAAAAGGGAAAAAAAAGUCACAAACUUGUGGGAGUGAGAGAGAAGUUAGGAAGAAAAAAAAAAGAAGAGCGAAGUAACCAAAACGAAAAGCCUUUUUCAUUCUUUUUCUCUCCCAUUCCCAUUGCUCUGUCUUCUUCUUCUUCUUCUUCGACAACAACAAUAAUGGAGAGACAGAAAUGCUGCAAGCUCUGCUCAAGAACCUUCCCUAAUGGAAGAGCCCUAGGUGGCCACAUGAAGGCUCACUUGGCCACUUUUCCUCUCCCCCCUAAACCCCCUCAACCACCAGCACCACCAUUACCUUCUUCUGAAUCCUCCUCUUCAUUUUCCUCCUUCUCAGAAUCGGAACCCGAAGACAAGACUGCUUUGAUUUAUGGGUUGAGGGAGAAUCCCAAGAAGAGUUUCAGAGUCGCAGAUCCCGAGUUCUCUCCCUUGGCUGCACCACUUCUACCGCCACCUGACUCUGUUGCGGUUCAAGACAGAGAGAGCGAGACAGAGUCAUCAAAGAAACCAACUCGCCAACGAUCCAAGCGAACUUGGAGAGCAAGGUCCAUUCUUCACAACCAUGAAGACGACAAAGAACAGCUUAAGAAGAAGCAGCCCAAGCUUGGAUUUAUGGAACAUGAACAUGAAUAUGAAGCAGAACCGGUGAGCUCAGUCUCGGAAACUUCAGUAGUGGAAGACGUCGCCAUGUUCCUGGUUAUGCUCUCAAGGGACACGUGGUCCAACAAAGAUGCAAUACUAGUAAAACAAGAAGGAGAAGUUGAAAGAUCAAAGGCUGGGAGCGGCAAUGGGAUCAAGAUGAAGAAGGUUCGUGUUCGCGGGAAGCAUAGUCAUCAGUGUGAGAAUUGCGGUAAAACUUUUCGAUCUUCGAGGGCGUUGGGAAGUCAUAGGAGCAUAUGCUGUGACGGAGGAGGAUCAGGAGCAAGUGAUAGAAUCUUCCAAUGCCCGUUUUGUUUCAAAAUCUUUGGCUCUGGCCAAGCCCUUGGCGGUCACAAGAGAUCUCAUCUCAUCGCCAUGGCGGCACCUUCCUCCUCUUCUUCCACUGCCAAGAAUUUCAUAGAUCUCAACUUGCCUGCUCCACUAGAAGAACAACAUGAAGAUGACCUUGGUGUUGUUUCGGAUGUUUCCUAUACUUGAAACCAUCUUCUCCUAUAUAUUCAACUAAUCUUUCGGUAACUUUUACUUUUAUUUUCAUUCCGGUGGUGUUUUUUGUUAUGUAGUCUGUAAGAUCCAACAUUUCAUUUGUGUUUGUUAUUUAAUAUAUAAGAUCAGAAACUUCUUUUGA